GAUGAUAACUGAACAUGUACUGACCCAGAUUCGUCCUGCCGCUUGCUCUUGACGGCCAUGAGGAAUCCGUUGCAUCCGACCCCUGCGCCUCCGGGCUUUGGCGGCGGUAAGGUCGCCCCUGUGGUACGAUCAUCCUGGAUCUCGAAACUCCUGUUCGGAUGGCUUGACCCUUUCCUCCAAGUCGGAUUCUCUCGCCCCCUGGAAAAGGAAGACCUGUGGGAGCUCCCAGCAGAGAGGCUCACGGACCCACUGACGGACGAGCUCGAGCGCAACUUCUACAAACGUUGUCCCCCAGAGAAACGGCCGCGCUCUUGGCAAGAAACCCGGUCUGACCCCCAAGAGAGACCGUCCUCGGUGGCAUCUACUCCGAGCGUUACGGUCGAGAACGAAAAACGACCCGCGAAUGACAAGGAUGACCUCGAUGAGAAACACGCCACUGACGACAAGAAUGACAUAGACAUAGAGGGCGGUGCCGGCUCCGAAGCACUCCCUGACAGCGGUGACAAACGGGCCAGAAAGGGAAAGGAACGCUCAGCGUCGAAACCGGCCGAGGCAAAGAAGCCCAAGCACGACGAAUCGUUGUUGAAGGCACUGAAUCAAGCUUACUUUUGGCUUUGGUGGACGGCCGGUCUCCUCACUCUUCUUGGCAGCACCUUGCAAACGACCACUCCACUGGUAAAUCAGCGCCUCCUGAACUGGCUGGAGGAGCGAUACUACUACUGGCAAGCACCGGUCGCAGAUCGCGCCCUCAUCUCACAGCCCCAAGGCAUCGGCUACGGCAUCGGCCUCGCCUUCGCGAUCUUCGUCAUGCAAGAGACGUCGAGUCUUAUGACAUGCCACUACACGCUCAUGUCGAUGGAGGUCGGCCUGCUCGUCCGCACGAGCGUCGUCGGCGCGAUCUACCGCAAGUCCCUCCGGCUCAGCGCGCGCUCGCGGCUCGAGCACAGCGUCGGGAAGAUCACGACGAUGAUCUCCGCGGACGCGACCCGCCUCGAGCGCAACACCUACUACGCGCACAACCUCUGGGUCGCCCCCCUCCAGAUCGUCAUCUGCCUCGCGCUGCUGAUCAAGACGCUGGGCUACUCCGCUCUCGUCGGGCUGGGGGUGUUCGUCAUUGGCUUCCCGGUACAGGUCGCCUGUGCGAUUAUCAUGUUCCAGCAGCGCACCAAGGGCGUAGUGUUGACGGACAAGCGGGUGCGCUCGGUGACGGAGAUUCUUCAGGGAAUACGCCUCAUCAAGUUCUUUGCGUGGGAGGACUUCUUCGAGCACGAAGUCGGUAAGAUUCGGAAACAGGAGGUCAGUCGGGUCAGGAAGAUAGGACUGGCUGUGGCGAACCUGAUCAGUGUAGUCACCAUCUUACCCGUUCUGGCUGCCGUGCUUUCCUUCAUCACCUAUGGGCUUAGCGGCCAUAACCUCAACGUGUCCAUCAUCUUCACUGCGCUGCAAUAUUUCAACAUUAUCCGUCAGCCCUUGAUGUUCUUCCCCAUGGUCGUCGCCUCGUGCACCGACUCCAUCGUCGCGCUCGGGCGCAUCGGCCAGUUCCUCACCUCCGAGGAGCUCGACGAGCCGUACACCAUCCAGCCCGAGGGCAAGUUCGCUAUCGACGCGGAGGGCGACUUCACGUGGGAGACCGCGCACAAGCCGCCCGCGGAGGAGCUUCCCGACUUCAGCGCGCAGGAUAAUAAACAUGGUGCUAGGGGCAGGGCCGCGAACACGUCGUCGAAGAAGGGCGAGAAGGAUAAGAAGAAGGUGGAGGGCAAACGAGGCAGCGGUUGGUUCGGCAAGAAGGGUAAGAAGGACGAGCCAGUGCUUCCGAUCGAGGCAUCGAAGGAGAAAGAGGAGGUGAAGGAGGAGAAGCCGUUCGAGUUGAAGGACCUGAGCUUCAAGGUCCCGCGCGGAGCUUUCGCCGUAGUCCUCGGGCCCAUUGGUUCCGGCAAGAGUUCCCUGAUGCAAGCUCUCAUCGGCGAGAUGCGCAGAACGAAGGGACAUACCGUUCUGUCCUCGUCUAUUGCGUACGUGCCCCAGAACGCCUGGAUCAUGAAUGCCACUCUCCGAGAGAACAUCGUGUUUGGCCGUGAAGAUAAGGAAGAGAAGUUCCGUGCUGUCGUGAAGGCCUGCUGCCUCGAACGUGAUCUCGAGAUGUUGCCGUACGGUGAGAAGACUGAGAUUGGAGAGAAAGGCAUCAACUUGAGCGGUGGCCAGAAGGCUCGCGUCUCACUCGCGCGCGCUGCAUAUUCGGAAGCCGACAUCAUCCUCAUGGACGACUCGCUCAGUGCCAUCGACGCCCACACGGGUAAGAUGAUCUUGGACAACCUCUUCCUGAACGGCCCACUUGCCGGCAAGACCCGUGUCCUCGUCACUCAUGCUCUCCACGUCCUGGAUAGAGCCGACUGCAUCUUCGUCAUGAAAGACGGGGCUAUCGUCGAUCGCGGUUCAUUCGACGAUUUGAUGCGGAACAGUAUCACGUUCUCGCGCCUGAUCGAGGAAUAUGGCAACAUGGAGAAGGCGAAGGAGAAGGAGGAAGCCCAAGCCGUCGAGAAGGUCGACGAGUCCACCGCACUCGGCGCAAGCAAGGAGCCCGAGGACGCGCAACCUGAGCUGAUGCAGGAAGAGGAACGGCUCACGGGAUCGGUGACAUGGAAGACAUACGGUACUUUCUACCGCUACGCCGGGGGCCUAGUGUGGGCCCCGGUGCUCCUGUUGUUGGUAGCUCUCAUGCAGGGCGCUCAAGUCGCCAACAAUCUGUUCCUUGGCUACUGGACUGCGGAGAGCAUCAAGGGCUUCGACCAAGCUGAUUAUAUGGGGACAUAUGCUGCCCUCGGGAUAGCCAGUGCUCUCUUCUCCUUCGGAGUCAGCUAUGCCCUGACUACCUCGAGUCUCAGAGCGGGGUAUAGCAUGUUCCAGAAGGCUUUUGCACAUGUGAUGCAUUCGUCGGUGUCAUUCUUUGACACAACGCCUAUCGGUCGCAUCAUUUCCCGCCUCUCAAGAGAUCAGGAUACCAUCGAUGCAGAAAUCUCGAUGACGCUGUUCGUGUUGUUGUCAACCCUUAGUUCGGUGGUCGGAACCAUCUUCCUCGUUUUCUAUACGUUCCCCUAUCUGGGCAUCAUCUUCGUCCCGUUGGGCGCCUUCUACGCGUUCGCGGCCGUCUACUACCGCCGUAGCUCCGUCGAGACAAAACGCCUGGACUCAAUCUUGCGUUCAAAGUUGUACUCUGCCUACGCCGAAUCGCUCACUGGCAUUAGCACCGUCCGCGCAUACGGAGAAGAGGACAGGUUCAUCCGGAAGACGGAGCACGGUCUCGACGUGGAGAACAGGGCCUACUACAUGGUCAUUGCAAUCCAGCAGUGGCUGAGUACGCGGCUCGACCUGCUUGGAAAUAUCCUCGUCCUCGGCAUCGCCCUCUUCGCGGCCGGGUUCAGUAAGACGAUCAGCCCUAGCAAGGUCGGCGUCGUCCUGUCGUACACUUUGAGCAUCACGCAGGUCUUCUCCCAGGUCGUCCAGACGUACGCGCAGAACGAGCAGAACUUCAACGCGGUGGAGCGCAUCCUGUACUACAUCGAUCUGCCGUCCGAGGGCGACUACACGAAGCCGGACGACCCGCCUGCCUCAUGGCCCGAAAAGGGGGAGGUCCACUUCAAAGACGUUGACCUGGCGUACCGCGAAGGUCUCCCGCUCGUCCUGAAGCAAGUGAGCUUCGCCGUGCGCCCGGGAGAAAAGAUCGGCAUCGUAGGUCGCACAGGCGCAGGCAAAAGUUCGCUGAUGCAGGCACUGUUCCGCACGGUGAACAUUUCCGGUGGGGUCGUCGAGAUCGACGGUGUGGACACACGCGACAUCGGGCUGAAAACACUGCGCAGCCGCCUAGCUCUCGUCCCGCAAGACAAUGUGCUCUUCAAGGGAACGCUGCGUCAGAACCUAGACCCGGAGGGCACCCGCACGGACGCCGAGUUGAUCUCCGCCCUCCAGCGGACGUGGCUGCUGCCGAAGGACGGGGUGCACGAUGCCGCAGCGGAGGCGAAGUUCAGCCUGGACUCGCUCGUCGGCGACGAGGGGAGCAAUUACUCCGCCGGCGAGAAGCAAAUGUUGGCGCUCUGUCGCGCGUUGGCGAAGAACAGCCGCAUCAUCGUCCUCGACGAGGCGACGAGCAACGUUGACCUGCAGAUGGAUGCGAAGCUGCAGAAGACGAUCCAGACGGAGUUCGCGGCGUCUACCCUCUUGUGCAUCGCCCAUCGUCUGAACACCAUCGUGUACUACGACCGCGUGCUGUUGAUGGACGCGGGUCGGGUGGCAGAGUUCGACACGCCGCUCAACCUGUUCGACAAGGAGGACUCCAUAUUCCGCUCGCUCUGCGACCAAGCUGGGUUGUCGAGACAAGACAUCCUGCGCAUCCGGUCUAACGUACCGGGCGCUUCGACGUCUGAUUCAUGACAAUGAUGUGGACAUGCUCUUGUAGAGGCAACCAGUUAUUUGCUGGUAUGAUAGAUGACGAUACGAGGACUAUGUAGGCUACGAGCACCCCAGCUCAUACAUUAGAUUGCAUGUUAGCAUGACACGCACGGAUUGUACUACUUACGCUAUACUGUCUUCUGGUCAGGAACCCCACUGUGCAGCCAGGCACUAUUGCAUCGUGGCCAUACUGUCUGAC